AUGACAUGGCGCAGAGUCGGUAGGUGUUUGUUUUAACUAGCCUGAAGAGCAGUGGAAAGAGUCUCAGCCAAGAUAAAUACGGCCAGCCAGCUCAGAGCUCACUGCGACUCAUGAGUAAGCACUAGCAUUGUAGGUAUCGAGUUCUCAUUCUAGAUUGAAUCCAGAUCAGUUAUUUAAUGCAUCUGAAUGAGCCAAAUGAUGACUGUGCACACUUACAAACAAAUAUACUAAACAACUGUGAUACCUAUGUGAAGAGAAGCCAAAGGGAAACAGAGAGUGGUGUCCUUUGUUGUCUUGGGUAUGCCAAUAUGAAUUUGAACAGAGACUGCAUGAUCCAUGUAACUGGGCUUGGUAGCUUAGAUAUUUCCUGUCUACACUGAGUGUACAAAACAUUAGGAACACCUUCCUAAUAUUGAGUUGCACCCCUUUUGCCCUCAGAACAGACUCAAAUUGUUGGGGCAUGGACUCUACAAGGUGUCAAAAGCAUUCCACAGGGAUGCUGGCCCAUGUUGACUAUAAUGCUUCCCACAGUUGUGUCAAGUUGGCUGGAUGUCCUUUGGGUGGUGGACCAUUCUUGAUACACACGGAAAACUGUUGAGCGUGAAAAACCCAGCAGCGUUGCAGUUCUUGACACACUCAAACCGGAGCGCCUGGCACCUACUACCAUUCCCCGUUCAAAGGCACUUAAAUAUUUUGUCUUUCCCAUUCUGCCUCUGAAUGGCACACAUACACAAUCCAUGUCUCAAUUGUCUCAAGGCUUCAAAAUCCUUCUUUAACCUGUCUUCUCUCCUUCAUAUACACUGAUUGAAGUGGAUUUAACAAGUGACAUCAAUAAGGGAUCAUAGCUUUCACCUGGUCAGUCUAUGUCAUGGAAAGAGCAGGUGUUUUGUACACUCAGUGUAGAUCAAGGCAGCAGUUUUUUGAGAACAGCCAUAUUUGCUCUGGCCAGCUCACCAACUUCAAGUUUACGCUCUGAUGUUCUCUCUUCUACUUUCCUGGAUCAUCAUCUCCUCACUCUUCCUCCACAGUGUGCCAGGGCGUCACCAACCGGUUCAACCUGCUGGGGUCAAAAGAGGACCACUACCUGAACAUGGUCAAGACCUACAGCAACUGCACCGUGGUCCUGGAGAACCUGGAGGUCACAUACAUGGAGGACUACCAUGAUCUGUCUUUCCUCAGGGUAAGAUAAAGGAAUGCUAGCCUGGUCCCAGAUCUGUUUGUGCUGUCUUGCCAAGUCCUAUGGACAAUGACCAUAGGAGAGACCAGGCUACAGGUCAGGAACACCUUUGUCUGGAGAAAGCAAUACUGGAUAAAAACAUAACAGCUCCUAAAAACAUCUAAUAAGCUUGCUUUAACCUACAGACAUGGUCCAAAGUGUCCAAAACACUUGAAGCCUCAUUAGAGCCUUGUUGCUUCAGUUGAAAUAGUCUUAGGUUGAGUUUAUAAUGCUGAAUAGGAUCAGUGGGUUACUGGAAGUACCCUUGUGUGAACCUUGUCUAGCUAUGAGGAUAUAGACAGGCUGAUGCGAAAACCAGCAGGACUGGAGCUGGACCAUGUAGGUCUGGAGUUGUUCACCCCUGGCAUCGCGUGUGAAGACCAGCUUAUACCAAACCUUUCCUUGUUUGUCUCCAGUCCAUCCAGGAGGUGGGUGGCUACGUUCUGAUCGCCCUCAACACAGCCAAUAGGAUUCCCCUGGACAACCUGCGCAUCAUCCGAGGCCACACUCUCUACGACAGUGGCUUUGCCCUGGCUGUGAUGCUGAACUAUAACAAGUCCAUGGGAGAAGGCACCACUGAGCUGCCUCUGACCAGCCUCACAGGUCAGUCUCUAGGCCUGUCCCUGCUCUGCCCAGGCAGUUGUAAACCCAGCCUCAUAAUGACUAGUCACUGAGGGCCUUCUCACAUACUAGAGCCAAACCAGGGAAACUGAGCCCUAGUUAUAAGCUAUAAGCUAUGGUUAGAGUUAGGAUUAGGGUUAACCCGGGAUGUGGACACGAAGCUAGAGUUAUGGUUAAGGCUAAGGUUAGGGUUGAACCAGGAUGUGGACACGAAGCUAGGGUUAUGGUUAAGGCUACAGUUAGGGACACGAAGCUAGGGUUAUGGUUAAGGCUAUAGUUAGGGUUGAACCAGGAAUCUAGGGUUAGGGUUGAGGCUAGGGUUAGGGUUGAACCAGGAUGUGGACACGAAGCUAGGGUUAUGGUUAAGGCUACAGUUAGGGUUGAACCAGGAAUCUAGGGUUAGGGUUGAGGCUAGGGUUAGGGUUAGAAUUGAACCAGGAUGUGGACAUGAAGCUAUGUUUAGGGUUGAGGCUAGGGUUAGGGUUGAACCAGGAUGUGGACACGAAGCUAGGGUUAUGGUUAAGGCUACAGUUAGGGUUGAACCAGGAAUCUAGGGUUAGGGUUGAGGCUAGGGUUAGGGUUAGAGUUGAACCAGGAUGUGGACACGAAGCUAGGGUUAUGGUUAAGGCUACAGUUAGGGUUGAACCAGGAAUCUAGGGUUAGGGUUGAGGCUAGGGUUAGGGUUAGGGUUGAACCAGGAUGUGGACAUGAAGCUAUGUUUAGGGUUGAGGCUAGGGUUAGGGUUAGAGUUGAACCAGGAUGUGACAUGAAGCUGAGGUUAGGGUUGAGGGUUAAGGUUGAACCAGGAUGAGGUCAUGAAGCUGAGGUUAGAGUUGAGGGUUAAGGUUGAACCAGGAUGAGGUCAUGAAGCUGAGGUUAGAGUUGAAGUUAGGGUUAUGAAGCUGAGAUUAGGAAUGAGGGUAGGGUUGAGGUUAGGGUUGCAUCUGAAUCUGGAGAUUCAGUAGUUUGUUGUAUUUCAUCUGCACAGCUUUAUUACAUUGAUUAAUUUAAACCAAUAUUUAGCUUCCACCUGAAAAUAAACACAUCUCUCUCCAUUUUCCAGAGAUCUUGAAAGGAGGAGUGAAGUUCUCAGACAACCAGCUGUGUAACGUGGAGACCAUCCAGUGGUUGGACAUUGUAAACAGUAACAGCAAACCCAACAUGCAGUUACCUGAACCCAGCAGCAAUCGGCUCUGUAAGGAGCUCCUGUUACAACACAUUAAACAUUGCAUCAUAUAAAUGUACAUACCAUAAUCCCAUUCAAAGUUUUGUGUUUUUAUACACCCUUGAAGCUAGAUUGGUUCAUGUUGUAAGAUAUUAACAGGAAGCUGCUUCAACAAGUUUAGCCAACAGUUUAGUAAUGUUUCACCUUCAACUGUCAAAUAUUCCAACUUUAUUUGAUUAAACAUUAAAGUAACAGUUUUGAAGUUAAGCUUUGCUAAACUUUUAUUUGGAUCUAUGUUUUGUAGGUAAAAGAUGUGAUCCUGGAUGCUUCAAUGGUUCAUGUUGGGCGCCCGGCCCAGAACACUGCCAGACAUGUAAGUCUUUCAAGUUUAAACCAUACUCAACUGCAAGGUGCUACAGAGGGUAGUGCGUACGGUCCAUUACAUCACUGGGGCCGGGCUCCCUGCCAUCCAGGACCUCUAUACCAGGCGGGUGUCAGAGGAAGGCCCUAAAAAUGUUCAGACUCCAACCACCCAAGUCAUAGACUGUUCUCUCUGCUACCGCACGGCAAGCGGAACCGAUGCACCAACUCUGGAACCAACAGAAUCCUGAACAGCUUCUAACCCCAAAAUAGUUAGUUAAAUACCUACCCGGACUAUUUUACGUUUGAGUUGUUUAGCAGACGCUCUUAUCCAGAGUGACUUACAGGAGCAAUUAGGGUUAAGUGCCUUGCUCAAGGGCAAAUUGACAGACUUUUCACCUAGUUGGCUCGGGGAUUCAAACCAGCAACCUUUCAGUUACUGGCCCAACGCUGUUAACCGCUAGGCUACCCUGCCAACUAUCUGCAUUGACCCUUUUUGCACUAUCUUUUUUGACCAAUCACAUAUGCUGCUGCUACUGUUUAUUAUCUAUCCUGUUGCCUAGUUACUUCUUUCCUAGUUAUUGUAUAUGUACAUAUUUACCUCAGUUACCUCUUACUCCUGCACAUCGACUCGGUACUGGUACACCAUGUAUAUAGCCAAGUUAUAAUUUCUCAUUGUGUAUUUAUUAUUACUUUUACAGUAUUAUUAUGUGUUUUACUUUUCUAUUGUUUCUCUAUUUUCUUUCUCCCUGCAUUGUUGGGAAGGGCCGUAAGUCAGCAUUUCACUGUUAGUCUACACUUGUUGUUUACGAAGCAUGUGAUUAAUAAAAUUUGAUUUGACAUUUCCUCUCUUUAUAGUGACGAAGCUGAACUGUGCCCAGCAGUGCUCUAAGAGAUGUAAGGGUCCGUCCCCCAUCGACUGCUGCAACGAACACUGUGCUGCAGGCUGCACUGGACCCAGACCUACAGACUGUCUGGUGAGAGACCCUAACCAUAACCCUAACCAUAACCAUAACCCACCUUAACACUGUACUGGACCCAGACCUAGAUCAUCUGGUGAGAGACUGACAGACUGACAGACAUACAGACAGAUACACCACCUUCACACACUGUACUGGGGUCAGGAUUAUUACCUCACCAUGUCAUGUGAUUUUACCACCUUCUGAAGCCACCUUCACAUUGUACUUGGGUCAGAGGUUAUAGGGAGAGAGGCCAGGAGUGACUCCAUAAGGGAGGACACUUGCAUCUCUCACAUAAGCUAUUAUGUAUUAUUUCUAGUUAUUUCUUCACCCAAUAAAAGUGUCAUCACUCAAGAGUUAAGGGUUUGAGGAAACAGACCCACAUUGCAUUUCACACAUUAUUAUUUAUCUCUUAUGAGGCUCCCUUGUGACUUACUGGCUCAUGACCAACCAUACACUGACCCGUAACAGUGUUUUCUAUCCACUUUAUGAUUGAAACCACAUUGUGUUGCUCUUGCAUCCAGUGACCCAUUCUAUCACUGGUUAAACCCUGCUUUUUGACAGUGCCUUGAGAAUCAGGCUUGGCCCCCAGCUGGGAGCUAAGCCAGCGUCACAUAUUCCUCUCUGGCUAAGCUAAGCUAAGGCGUGAAAUAGAAAUGCAGUGUUAUGAUCUGAGUAUACAGCUCUGUUAUAUGGUCCUAGUGCUCUCUGUCAGUGAAGGCUGGGUCGUAUUCAUGAUUAGGCAGUGCUUGACUUGGGCAGGAGCUCACCGGAGCUGAGUACCGGCACCUCAAAUGUUCUACUGCUUGAGCUCCUGUUCCUCUUAUAGAAGAUUAGCUCAAGAGGAUUGAGGAGCUCCUGCACCUAAAUAUUAACAGUGCCGGCACCCAAAAUGAGUACCCAAACCUAUUUGUCCAAGUCAAGCACUGUGAUUAGGACAUUUAAAACAUCUUGCAAUGGAAAGUGAAAACAAGCGUUUCAGGUUCAGGUUGUCCCUCCCGGUUUCAGUCUGUUUUCUUCUGUUUGGUGCCUAAUGAACACAACCCUGUUUGAUGUCGUAGGCUUGCCGGGACUUUCAGGAUGAUGGGAUGUGUAAAGACUCGUGUCCCCGCCUCCUGCUCUACGACCGCAACCUUCAUCAACUGGUCAACAACCCAGACGGAAAGUACAACUUCGGAGCCACCUGCGUCAAGACCUGCCCUCGUAAGAAAACCCCCAUGUCCAUCCAUGUCCCUCCGUGUCCCCUCCAUGUCCCUUCGGUGUCCCACCGUGUCCCCUCCGUGCCGCUCCAUGACUCCUCCGUGUCCCCUACAUGUCCCUCCAUGUCCCUUCUGUGUCCCUCCAUGUCCCUUCUGUGUCCCUCCAUGUCCCCUCCAUGUCCCUCCAUGUCCCCUCCAUGUCCCCCCAUGACCUCCUCUAUGAGGCAACAGUAUAUAAUAAAUUAUAUAAGGAUUGUUUAGAACGUGGCUGCCCCAUCCUGGUCAUGGAGGGCCCAAACACUUGUGGUUUUCAUCCUCUCCUAAUCAGGGACUAAUUCAGACCUGGGACCAGGGGAAAACGACUCCCCCAUCUCAUUGAAGCCACGGAGGUUCAAGGCUGACCGCGGUACAGCAGGCAUUGUUAGCAGAAAACAGGAUCCCCCAUUAUAGUGAAUGGAAAAUUGGAAAUAUUCGUGGUCAAUCUUCGUGUAAAUAAAUAAAAUAUUAGAAGACAAUCAUGAUACGAAUAAUUGCUUCAAAUACACCAACUGUAUCUCCUUGAACUGAUUAUUUUACAAUCACACACAAAAUAAGGACCAGAAUUGGGCAGCCCUGGUUUAGAAGAUUUGUACACAGAGGGGGCUUCAACCAAGUCUACAGAGGAGUCUCAGUGAUGUGAAACGUUCAGAAAUGGUAUGCUGGUAUGCUGAACAAGGGGCCACAUGGUCCCUCUAGCCUGGUGUUAGUGUCAGUCAGUCUGUGACAGACUCUGAGUUUAAUCAUAAACUGCAUUAACGAGGAAAUGAAAAUGAUUUAGUUUCAGGGUGUUUUAAUGCAGCAGCUUCCACUUUUUGUUAGAAUCAGCUCUGAAACACUGGCAUGCAUACAAUACUGUCCUGCACAGGACACAAUGCAUUAUAUAGGUUUAUUAUACAGUUGGAAGUUUACAUAUACCUUAGCUAAAUACAUUUAAACUCAGUUUUUCACUACUCCUGACAUUUAAUCCUAGUAAAAAUUCCCUGUCUUAGGUCAGUUAGGAUCACCACUUUAUUUUAAGAAUGGGAAAUGUCAGAAUAAUAGUAGAGAGAAUGUUUUAUUUCAGCUUUUAUUUCUUUCAUCACAUUCCCAGUGGGUCAGAAGUUUACAUACACUCAAUUAGUAUUUGGUAGCAUUGCCUUUAAAUUGUUUAACUUGGGUCAAACGGUUCGGGUAGCCUUCCACAAGCUUCCCACAAUAAGUUGGGUGAAUUUUGGCCCAUUUCUUCUGACAGAGCUGGUGUAACUGAGUCAGGUUUGUAGGCCUCCUUGCUUGCACACGCUUUUUAAGUUCUGCCCACAAAUGUUCUAUAGGAUUGAGGUCAGGGCUUUGUGAUGGCCACUCCAAUACCUUGACUUUGUUGUCCUUAAGCCAUUUUGCCACAACUUUGGAAGUAUGCUUGGGGUCAUUGUCCAUUUGGAGGACCCUUUGCGACCAAGCUUUAACUUCCUGACUGAUGUCUUGAGAUGUUGCUUCAAUAUAUCCACAUAGUUUUCCUUCCUCAUGAUGCCAUCUAUUUUGUGAAGUGGACCAGUCCCUCCUGCAGCAAAGCACCCCCACAGCAUGAUGCUGCAACCCCCGUGCUUCACGGUUGGGAUGGUGUUCUUCGGCUUGCAAGCACCCCCUUUUUCCUCCAAACAUAACGAUGGUCAUUAUGGCCAAACAGUUCUAUUUUUGUUUCAUCAGUCCAGAGGACAUUUCUCCAAAAAGUAAGAUCUUUGUCCCCAUGUGCAGUUGCAAACUGUAGUCAGGCUUUUUUAUGGCGGUUUUGGAGCAGUGGCUUCUUCUUUGCUGAGCGUCCUUUCAGGUUAUGUCGAUAUAGGACUCGUUUUACUGUGGAUAUAGAUACUUUUGUACCUGUUUCCUCCAGCAUCUUCACAAGGUCCUUUGCUGUUGUUCUGGGAUUGAUUUGCACUUUUCGCACCAAAGUACAUUCAUCUCUAGGAGACAGAACACGUCUCCUUCCUGAGCAGUAUGACGGCUGCGUGGUCCCAUGGUGUUUAUACUUGCAUACUAUUGUUUGUACAGAUGAACGUGGUACCUUCAGGCGUUUGGAAAUUGCUCCCAAGGAUGAACCAGACUUGUGGAGGUCAACAAUGUUUUUUAUGAGGUCUUGGCUGAUUUCUUUUGAUUUUCCCAUGAUGUCAAGCAAAGAGGCACUGAGUUUGAAGGUAGGCCUUGAAAUACAUCCUCAGGUACAGCUCCAAUUGACUCAAAUGAUGUCAAUUAGCCUAUCAGAACCUUCUAAAGCCAUGACGUCAUUUUCUGAAAUUUUCCAAGCUGUUUAAAGGCACAGUCAACUGAUUGUAUGUAAACUUCUGACCCACUGGAAUUGUGAUACAGUGAAUUAUAAGUGAAAUAAUCUGUCUGUAAACAAUUGUUGGAAAAAUUACUUGUGUCAUGCACAAAGUAGAUGUCCUAACCGACUUGCCAAAACUAUAGUUUGUUAACAAGAAAUGUGUGGAGUGGUUGAAAAACAAGUUUUAAUGACUCCCACCUAAGUGUAUGUAAACUUCCGACUUCAACUGUAUAUUCUCUUAUUUUUAUUCCUUUGAAGAAAAUGACAACUUGGUAGAUAAAAAAAAGAAAUACAAUAUUUGACUUGAUAUUAGAACCAGAUUUAUAUGAUUAAUGAGUGCUGAUUGUGUACUCUUAGAGUAUAAUCAUAUUUUAUGUUUUUUUCCCCUCAGAUAACUAUGUGGUGACGGACCAUGGAGCGUGCGUUCGGACGUGCAGUGGUGACACAUACGAGGUGGACGAGGGAGGGGUCAGGAAGUGCAAGAAGUGUGAUGGACUGUGUCCCAAAGGUAGAGUUGAUACUACCACAACUCCUACUGUACAUUCUGAUGGCAGGGAUUAUAGCACUCAUGAUAAUACUGCAUGAAUGUGCCUCUCUGUAACAUGGAAAGUUCACCCCACAGUGUUAUUCCCCAAAGAUGCACUGUAGGGUUGUGUUCAAUACCAUUUUAUUUCCAAUAAAGGAUUUUCAGAUUUUUGAAUGAUACUUCUUGAAUAAAAAUGUAUUUUAACCUGCUGUACUGCACUAGUCUUCUGUUUUUUGGGGGGGCUUGUGAUAUCUCAAACUAACUUUUCCGUGUGGCAAGACAUUAGUAGCCACGUUUCUUUUUAUUAAUAUGUUACUAAUUUUCACAGUUUGCAAUGGACUUGGAAUGGGGAAACUUACCAAUAUUCUGUCCAUUAAUGCCACCAACAUUGACACAUUCAAAAACUGUACCAAAAUCAAUGGGAACAUUGCUAUUAUCUACACGUCUAUCCAUGGGUAAGUAGUGAGCGCAUUAAGGUUUUUUGAAAUUGUAGAAACAUCAUAGAUAAUUUAUAACCUUUGUAUUGUGCAUUUCAUGAAUAUGACAGAUACAUGUCACAGUUGUUAUUACUAUUCACAGGGACACAUUCACCAAAACACCUAAGAUGGAUCCGGCCAAGCUAGACGUUUUCAAGACGGUCAGAGAAAUUACCGGUAAGAAAAGAGCCAUGGCAGUUCAGAUCAGACAAAAGAGCACUUUUCACAAUUAUUAAAACAAAUCUAUUCAUCUUCCAGGGUACUUGCUGAUUCAGAACUGGCCUGAGGACAUGACGUCCCUCAGUCCCUUUGAGAACCUGGAGAUCAUCCGUGGACGGACCAAGCGGUAAGAGUACUGUCCCUGGCCUAACUCUCUAAACCUCAGCCUCUACUACAGGGUGCCACUGACAGUAAAUGGAUGUGACUCAUCCAAUAUCCCUUUAACUCCUCUCUCUCUCUUUCUCGCCAUUUCCCCUCCCCUCUCUCUGUUCUCAGUGUUCUGGUGAGCUUGGCCGUAACCCAGUUAACCAUCACCCACCUGGGCCUGCGCAACCUGAAGGAGAUCAGUGACGGAGACGUGGUCAUCGCAAAAAACCCCAACCUCUGCUACACCAAGAAUCACCACUGGAAACAUCUGUUCAAGUCCGACACGCAGACCGCUCGGCUGGAGAACAACGCCGACGCAGCCGUAUGCGGUAAAUCAAUCAGUCUUUUUUUUAUGAUGAACAUCUUUAUAGAUUUUUGUGGUCACAUAACAGAAAAAAAGGAACACCAACAAACAGGAGAUAUACAACAAACACCAGGAGUCAACACCAUAAUGUCAGCUCAAGCCCAUGACAAAUUAGAGAUAACAUGAUGUUCGGUGCUUACUAAAACAAAGGUUACACUGGGAUAUGAGUGGUUCCGAGAUUAAUAUUUACCCUCUAUUGUUGUGGUCAUAAAACUGUGAUAGAUACAUAAUACAAUGAUGAUGGAGUAUUGUGGGAGAAAGAGGAAAUUAACGCUAGCCUGUUGCUUGUACGGUGUUGUGUGAAAAGCGAAAAGUUUUAUAUUGGUCUGGGUUAAAACUAUUAUUUUGUAUUGAUAUCAAAUCAAAUCAUAUUCUAUUUGUCACAUGCGCCGAAUACAACAGGUAUAAACCUUAUCGUGAAAUGCUUACUUACAAGCCCUUAACCAACAAUGCAGUUCAAGAAAUAGAGUUAAUAAAAUAUUUACUAAAUAAACAAAAGUAAAAAAUGAAAUAAAAAGUAACACAAUAGAAUAAUAACAAUACUGAGGCUAUAUCAAAUCAAAUCAAAUCAAAUGUUAUUGGUCACAUACACGUGUUUAGCCGAUGCUAUUGUGGGUGUAGCGAAAUGCUUGUGCUUCUAGCUCUGACAGUGCAGUAAUAUCUAACAAGUAAUAUCUAACAGUUUCACAGCAUAUACCCAAUACACACAAAUCUAAGUAAGGAAUUAAUUAAGAAUAUAUACAUAUAUGGACAAGCGAUGUUAGAGCGGCAUGGACUAAGAUACAGUAGAGUAGUAGAGUAGUAUACAGGGGGUACCGGUACUGAGUCAAUGUGGGGAUUACAGGUUAGUCAAGGUAAUAUGUACAGUGAGGGAAAAAAGUAUUUGAUCCCCUGCUGAUUUUGUACGUUUGCCCACUGACAAAGACAUGAUCAGUCUAUAAUUUUAAUGGUAGGUUUAUUUGAACAGUGAGAGACAGAAUAACAACAAAAAAAUCCAGAAAAACGCAUGUCAAAAAUGUUAUAAAUUGAUUUGCAUUUUAAUGAGGGUAAUAAGUAUUUGACCCCCUCUCAAUCAGAAAGAUUUCUGGCUCCCAGGUGUCUUUUAUACAGGUAACGAGCUGAGAUUAGGAGCACACUCUUAAAGGGAGUGCUCCUAAUCUCAGCUUGUUACCUGUAUAAAAGACACCUGUCCACAGAAGUAUUAUUCGCAAAUGGAAGAAACACAAAAUAACUGUCAAUCUCCCUUGGCCUGGGGCUCCAUGCAAGAUCUCACCUCGUGGAGUUGCAAUGAUCAUGAGAACGGUGAGGAAUCAGCCCAGAACUACACGGGAGGAUCUUGUCAAUGAUCUCAAGGCAGCUGGGACCAUAGUCACCAAGAAAACAAUUGGUAACAGAUAAGAGACAGAAUAACAACAACAAAAUCCAGAUAAAUUCAUGUCAAAAAUGUUAUAAAUUGAUUUGCAUUUUAAUGAGGGAAAUAAGUAUUUGACCCCUCUGCAAAACAUGACUUAGUACUUGGUGGCAAAACCCUUGUUGGCAAUCACAGAGGUCAGAUGUUUCUUGUAGUUGGCCACCAGGUUUGCACACAUCUCAGGAGGGAUUUUGUCCCACUCCUCUUUGCAGAUCUUCUCCAAGUCAUUAAGGUUUCGAGGCUGACGUUUGGCAACUCGAACCUUCAGCUCCCUCCACAGAUUUUCUAUGGGAUUAAGAUCUGGAGACUGGCUAGGCCACUCCAGGACCUUAAUGUGCUUCUUCUUGAGCCACUCCUUUGUUGCCUUGGCCGUGUGUUUUGGGUCAUUGUCAUGCUGGAAUACCCAUCCACGACCCAUUUUCAAUGCCCUUGCUGAGGGAAGGAGGUUCUCACCCAAGAUUUGACGGUACAUGGCCCCGUCCAUCGUCCCUUUGAUGCGGUGAAGUUGUCCUGUCCCCUUAGCAGAAAAACACCCCCAAAGCAUAAUGUUUCUACCUCCAUGUUUGACGGUGGGGAUGGUGUUCUUGGGGUCAUAGGCAGCAUUCCUCCUCCUCCAAACACGGCGAGUUGAGUUGAUGGCAAAGAGCUCGAUUUUGGUCUCAUCUGACCACAACACUUUCACCCAGUUCUCCUCUGAAUCAUUCAGAUGUUCAUUGGCGAACUUCAGACAGGCCUGUAUAUGUGCUUUCUUGAGCAGGGGGACCUUGCGGGCGCUGCAGAAUUUCAGUCCUUCACGGCGUAGUGUGUUAUCAAAUACUUUUCUUCCCUCACUGUACAUGUAGGUAGGGGUAAAGUGACUAUGCAUAGAUAAUAAACAGCGAGUAGCAGCAGUGUAAAAUUAAAAGGGGGGGGGGGGUCAAUGUAAUUAGUCCGGGUGGCCAUUUGAUUAAUUGUUCAGCAGUCUUAUGGCUUGGGGAUAGAAGCUGUUAAGGAGCCUUUUGGACCUAGAUUUGGCGCUCCGGUACCGCUUGCUGUGCGGUAGCAGAGAGAACAGUCUAUGACUUGGGUGACUGGAGUCUUUGACAAUUUCUUGGGCCUAUCUACAGUAUGUGUCUGUAUGUGUGUGUUUGCAGGGAUGCAGAACAACACGUGUGACAGGAUGUGUACCAGAUAUGGCUGCUGGGGCGCUGGACCCACCAUGUGUUUCGCCUGUCAGGACUACAGCCGAGCAGGAAGCUGUGUGGACUCCUGCAACCUACUGGAGGGGUGAGAUAGGAGCCCCUUUCUGUUUCCCAUUGUAACCUACUGAAGGGGUGAGAUAGGAGCCCCUUUCUGUUCCCCAUUGUAACCUACUGAAGGAGUGAGAUAGGAGCCCCUUUCUGUUCCCCAUUUUAACCUACUGGAGGGGUGAGAUAGGAGCCCCUUUCUGUUCCCCAUUUUUACCUACUGGAGGGGUGAGAUAGGAGCCCCUUUCUGUUCCCCAUUUUAACCUACUGGAGGGGUGAGAUAGGAGCCCCUUUCUGUUCCCCAUUGUAGCCUACUGGAGGGGUGAGAUAGGAGCCCCUUUCUGUUCCCCAUUGUAACCUACUGGAGGGGUGAGAUAGGAGCCCCUUUCUGUUCCCCAUUUUAACCUACUGGAGGGGUGAGAUAGGAGCCCCUUUCUGUUCCCCAUUGUAACCUACUGGAGGGGUGAGAUAGGAGCCCCUUUCUGUUCCCCAUUGUAGCCUACUGGAGGGGUGAGAUAGGAGCCCCUUUCUGUUCCCCAUUGUAACCUACUGGAGGGGUGAGAUAGGAGCCCCUUUCUGUUCCCCAUUUUAACCUACUGGAGGGGUGAGAUAGGAGCCAUUGAAACCUACUGGAGGGGUGAGAUAGGAGCCAUUGAAACCUACUGGAGGGGUGAGAUAGGAGCCAUUGUAAUGUGAUUCUGCAGCUGAAGUAUUGAAGAAGAGUGAAAGUAACUUUUUGUACACUUGGCAAAGAAAAACUGUUGGUAACUGAAGCUAUCAAUUAAACGUGUAUUUAGCAAGAAACGAUGUUGCAUGGAAUUUAACAGUAAAAACAGACAGUACAUCUAAGGAAGGCAGUAAGACAGUACUAUACAGUAGAAUUGUUCACUUUUGGUAAUGAACUCAAUGAACUAAUAGCUGUUUAACUUUGGCAGUCCUCUCCUCUAUCAAACAUUGAGUAUCAAACUUGCUUACAAUUUAACAUUUACAUUUACAUUUUAGUCAUUUAGCAGACGCUCUUAUCCAGAGCGACUUACAGUUAGUGAAUACAUAUAUAUAUAUAUAUAUAUAUAUUUUUAUACUGGCCCCCCCCUGGGAAACGAACCCACAACCCUGGCGUUGCAAACGCCAUGCUCUAUCAACUGAGCUACAUCCCUGCCGGCCAUUCCCUCCCCUACCCUGGACGACGCUGGGCCAAUUGUGCGCCGCCCAUGAGUCUCCCGGUCGCGGCCGGCUGCGACAGAGCCUGGAUUCGAACCAGGAUCUCUAGUGGGACAGUUAGCACUGCGAUGCAGUGCCUUAACUACUGCUAUGAGGAACAGGAUCAAGUAUUUCACUGCAAAUGCAACCAUCUGAAAUUAAAUGUUAAACCAAUAGAAAUAUAGCCUGGUCCCAGAUCUGUUUGUGCUGUCUUACCAACUCCUAUGGGACAACGACUAGAGGAGUUGGCAAGACGGCACCAACAGAUCUGGGACCAGGCUAGUGAAAAUAUGCUACAUGCUAACAUGUGUCCUAAUUGUUGCAGGGAGCCACGUGAGACUGAAGUGAAUAAGACGUGUGUGGAGUGUCACCUUGAGUGUCAGCUCCUCAACGGAACCCAGUCCUGCUCUGGACCAGUAUGUGUGCCUCUUAUAUAUGCUACGUCCUAAGUACAGUAUGUGUCUCUAUAAUAUACUAUGAAGUAGUAUGUGUCUCUAUAAUAUACUAUGAAGUAGUAAGUGUCUCUAUAAUAUACUAUGAAGUAGUAUGUGUCGAUAUAAUAUACUAUGAAGUAGUAUGUGUCUCUGUAAUACAGUGGCUUGCGAAAGUAUCCAUCCCCCUUGGCAUUUUUCCUAUUUUGUUGCCUUACAAACUGGAAUAAAAAAUUAUUUUGGGGGGUUUGUAUCAGUUGAUUUACAAAACAUGCCUACCACUUUGAAACAAACAAGAAAUAAGACAAGAAAACUGAAAACUUGAGCGUGCAUAACUAUUCACCCCCCCAAAGUCAAUACUUUGUAGAGCUACCUUUUGCAGCAAUUACAGCUGCAAGUCUCUUGGGGUAUGUCUCUAUAAGCUUGGCACAUCUAGCCACUGGGAUUAUUGCCCAUUCUUCAAGGCAAAACUGCUCCAGCUCCUUCAAGUUGGAUGGGUCCCCCUGGUGUACAGCAAUCUUUAAGUCAUACCACAGAUUCUCAGUUGGAUUGAGGUCUGGGGUUUGACUAGGCCAUUCCAAGACAUUUAAAUGUUUCCCCUUAAACCACUCGAGUGUUGCUUUAGCAGUAUGCUUAGGGUCAUUGUCCUUCUGGAAGGUGAACCUCCGUCCAAGUCUCAAAUCUCUGGAAGACUGAAACAGGUUUCCCUCAAGAAUUUCCCUGUAUUUAGCGGCAUCCAUCAUUCCUUCAAUUCUGACCAGUUUCCCAGUCCCUGCCAAUGAAAAACAUCCCCACAGCAUGAUGCUGCCACCAUCAUGCCUCACUGUGGGGAUGGUGUUUUCGGGGUGAUGAGAGGUGUUGGGUUUGCGCCAGACAUAGCGUUUUCCUUUAUGCCCAAAAAGCUCAAUUUUAGCCUCAUCUGACCAGAGUACCUUCUUCCAUAUGUUUGGGGAGUCUCCCACAUGCCUUUUGGCGAACACCAAACGUGUUUGCUUAUUUUUUUCUUUAAGCAAUAGGUUUUUUCUGGCCACUCUUCCAUAAAGCCCAGGUCUGUGGAGUGUACGGCUUAAAGUGGUCCUAUGGACAGAUACUCCAAUCUCCACUGUGGAGCUCUGCAGCUCCUUCAGGGUUAUCUUUGGUAUUUUUGUUGCCUCUCUGAUUAAUGCCCUCCUUGCCUGGUCUGUGAGUUUUGGUGGGCGGCCCUCUCUUGGCAGGUUUGUUGUGGUGCCGUAUUCUUUCCAUUUUUUUAUAAUGGAUUUAAUGGUGCUCUGUGGGAUGUUCAAAGUUUCUGAUAUUUUUUAAAAACCCAACCCUGAUCUGUACUUCUCCACAACUUUGUCCCUGACCUGGUUGGAGAGCUCCUUGGUCUUCAUGGUGUCGCUUGCUUAGUGGUGCCCCUUGCUUAGUGGUGUUGCAGACUCUGGGGCCUUUCAGAACAGGUGUAUAUAUACUGAGAUCAUGUGACAGAUCAUGUGACACUUAGAUUGCACACAGGUGGACUUUAUUUAACUAAUUAUGUUACUUCUGAAGGUAAUUGGUUGCACCAGAUCGUAUUUAGGGGCUUCAUAGCAAAGGGGGUGAAUACAUAUGCACGCACCACUUUUCCGUUAUUUAUUUUUUAGAAUUUUUGGAAACAAGUUAUUUGUUUAAUUUCACUUCACCAAUUUUGACUAUUUUGUGUAUGUCCAAUACAUGAAAUCCAAAUAAAAAUCCAUUUAAAUUACAGGUUGUAAUGCAACAAAAUAAGAAAAAUGCCAAGGGGGGUGAAUACUUUUGCAAGGCACUGUAUACUAUGUAGCAGUAUGUGUCUCUAUAAUAUACUAUGUAGCAGUAUGUGUCUCUAUAAUAUGUAGCAGUAUGUAUCUCUGUAAUAUACUAUGUAGCAGUAUGUGUCUCUAUAAUAUACUAUGUAGCAGUAUGUGUCUCUAUAAUGUACUAUGUAGCAGUAUGUGUCUCUGUAAUAUACUAUGUAGAAGUAUGUGUCUUUAUAAUAUACUAUGUAGCAGUAUGUGUCUCUAUAAUAUACUAUGUAGCAGUAUGUGUCUCUAUAAUAUAUUAUGUAGCAGUAUGUGUCUCUAUAAUAUACUAUGUAGCAGUAUGUGUCUCUAUAAUAUAUUAUGUAGCAGUAUGUGUCUCUAUAAUAUACUAUGUAGCAGUAUGUGUCUCUAUAAUAUACUAUGUAGCAGUAUGUGUCUCUAUAAUAUACUAUGUAGCAGUAUGUGUCUCUAUAAUAUAUUAUGUAGCAGUAUGUGUCUCUAUAAUAUACUAUGUAGCAGUAUGUGUCUCUAUAAUAUAUUAUGUAGCAGUAUGUGUCUCUAUAAUAUAUUAUGUAGCAGUAUGUGUCUCUAUAAUACACUAUGUAGCAGUAUGUGUCUCUAUAAUAUAUUAUGUAGCAGUAUGUGUCUCUAUAAUAUACUAUGUAGCAGUAUGUGUCUCUAUAAUGUACUAUGUAGCAGUAUGUGUCUCUGUAAUAUACUAUGUAGAAGUAUGUGUCUUUAUAAUAUACUAUGUAGCAGUAUGUGUCUCUAUAAUAUAUUAUGUAGCAGUAUGUGUCCCUAUAAUAUACUAUGUAGCAGUAUGUGUCUCUAUAAUAUAUUAUGUAGCAGUAUGUGUCUCUAUAAUAUACUAUGUAGCAGUAUGUGUCUCUGUAAUAUAUUAUGUAGCAGUAUGUGUCUCUAUAAUAUACUAUGUAGCAGUAUGUGUCUCUAUAAUAUAUUAUGUAGCAGUAUGUGUCUCUAUAAUAUACUAUGUAGCAGUAUGUGUCUCUAUAAUAUAAUAUAUAGCAGUAUGUGUCUCUCUAUGAUAUACUAUGUAGGGGGGGGGGGGGUCAAUGCAAAUAGUCUGGGUAGCCAUUUGAUUAGAUGUUCAGGAGUCUUAUGGCUUGGGGGUAGAAGCUAUUUAGAAGCCUCUUGGAAGCCUCUUGGACCUAGACACGGCUCCGGUACCGCUUGCCGUGCGGUAGCAGAGAGAAAAGUCUAUGACUAGGGUGGCUGGAGUCUUUGACAAUUUUUAGUCCCAGGGUGCUUGUGUGGUUGUGUCUGUUCAAUAUUCUAUGUCUCAACACAGUAGGGCUGUUUCCUUAGAAUGUUGCUAUCCUCUUCUCUCUCUUUCAGGGCCAUGAGCAGUGUACCCAGUGUGCCAACUUCAAAGAUGGCGACAACUGUGUCCCGUUGUGCCCUAGAGGGGUGCCAGGGGUGGCAGGGGGCAAGAACACCUUCAUCUGGAAAUACGCAGAUAAGAUGAAGGUGUGCCAGCUGUGCCACCAGAACUGUACCGAGGGGUAAGUAAGGGCAUCUGUCACAACCACAUAAAUACACUGCUCAAAAAAAUAAAGGGAACACUAAAAUAACACAUCCUAGAUCUGAAUGAAUGAAAUAAUCUUAUUAAAUACUUUUUUCUUUACAUAGUUGAAUGUGCUGACAACAAAAUCACACAAAAAUUAUCAAUGGAAAUCAAAUCUAUCAACCCAUGGAGGUCUGGAUUUGGAGUCACCCUCAAAAUUAAAGUGGAAAACCACACUACAGGCUGAUCCAACUUUUAUGUAAUGUCCUUAAAACAAGUCAAAUUGAGGCUCAGUAGUGUGUGUGGCCUCCACGUGCCUGUAUGACCUCCCUACAACGCCUGGGCAUGCUCCUGAUGAGGUGGCGGAUGGUCUCCUGAGGGAUCUCCUCCCAGACCUGGACUAAAGCAUCCGCCAACUCCUGGACAGUCUGUGGUGCAACGUGGCGUUGGUGGAUGGAGCAAGACAUGAUGUCCCAGAUGUGCUCAAUUGGAUUCAGGUCUGGGGAACGGGCGGGCCAGUCCAUAGCAUCAAUGCCUUCCUCUUGCAGGAACUGCUGACACACUCCAGCCACAUGAGGUCUAGCAUUGUCUUGCAUUAGGAGGAACCUAGGGCCAACCGCACCAGCAUAUGGUCUCACAAGGGGUCUGAGGAUCUCAUCUCGGUACCUAAUGGCAGUCAGGCUACCUCUGGCGAGCACAUGGAGGGCUGUGCGGCCCCCCAAAGAAAUGCCACCCCACACCAUGACUGACCCACCGCCAAACCGGUCAUGCUGGAGGAUGUUGCAGGCAGCAGAACGUUCUCCACGGCGUCUCCAGACUCUGUCACGUCUGUCACAUGUGCUCAGUGUGAACCUGCUUUCAUCUGUGAAGAGCACAGGGCACCAGUGGCGAAUUUGCCAAUCUUGGUGUUCUCUGGCAAAUACCAAACGUCCUGCACGGUGUUGGGCUGUAAGCACAACCCCCACCUGUGGACGUCGGGCCCUCAUACCACCCUCAUGGAGUCUGUUUCUGACCGUUUGAGCAGACACAUGCACAUUUGUGGCCUGCUGGAGGUCAUUUUGCAGGGCUCUGGCAGUGCUCCUCCUGCUCCUCCUUGCACAAAGGCGGAGGUAGCAGUCCUGCUGCUGGGUUGUUGCCCUCCUACGGCCUCCUCCACGUCUCCUGAUGUACUGGCCUGUCUCCUGGUAGCGCCUCCAUGCUCUGGACACUACGCUGACAGACACAGCAAACCUUCUUGCCACAGCUCGCAUUGAUGUGCCAUCCUGGAUGAGCUGCACUACCUGAGCCACUUGUGUGGGUUGUAGACUCCGUCUCAUGCUACCACUAGAGUGAAAGCACCGCCAGCAUUCAAAAGUUACCAAAACAUCAGCCAGGAAGCAUAGGAACUGAGAAGUGGUCUGUGGUCACCACCUGCCAAACCACCACCUGCCAAACCACAGAAGUGUGAUUGACUUGGAGUUACAUUGUGUUGUUUAAGUGUUCCCUUUAUUUUUUUGAGCAGUUUACAUUAAUAAUUCACAAAUACUCAAAUACAGACACAAUAACAAAACAAUAAGAUAUACAAAUAAAUUCAGCAGAUCUAUUCAUAUAUGUGCUAAUAUCUUUACAGAUGUACUGGUCCUGGUCUGA